AUGGAUGAAAAGAGUCUUAAUAGGAAGAAAAUAAUUGAUACUCUCAGGGAAAGAAUAGAGCCCCACAAGCGUGGGGUCAGCAUAAAAGUUAUUCGUGAAAUCAAGGGAGAUGGAGUCUGCUUAAGAGUAGGGUCUCAUAAAGAUGGGCAGACCCUUAAAAAAGCUGUGAAAGCAGACCCAAAACUGGUUACCAAGACUACAGGUAGAGUCUCUGAGGGACGACGUCCCAAAAUCAUAAUGUUACAUGUCCCCAACUAUAUUAAAGAUGAAGAAAUCACUAGAACACUCUUCGAACAAAAUCAAAUCUGGAUGGAGAUGACAAAAGAAGGUUUUAAAGAGCAAUGUAAAAUAACAACAACACUAACUAGAGGAAAGAUGCGUGAAAAUUGUCAGCACGUCAUAUUGAGUGUCACUCCUAGGAUUAGAAACAUAUUCAUAAAAGAAAGGUAUUUGGCAUUAGCCUGGAGUCACGUCAAGGUAGACGAUUUCAUCUUGGUGUUGCAUUGUUUCAAGUGCUGCGGAUUUCGGCACUUUGCUCAUGAAUGUGGGAGCAAAUUGAGGUGUAGCCACUGCACAAAGGAACAUAAGUUUUCUGAUUGUUCUGGUAAAGAUUUCAAACCAGUCUGCAUUAACUGUACGAUUUCAAAUAAAAAUCUUCCUAUGGGAAAAAGAUAUAAUACACAGCAUAAUGCUUACGACCCAAUCUGUCCCACGACACAAAAAAUAAAGACCAACAUAAAAAAAGUUACCAAUUAUGGGUACUAG